CGGGCCAGGGCCCCCUCUCUCUUGCUCACCGGCACCCAGAAAUCCUUCCUCGGUGCCACAGCGUUUUGUACAUGACUACGAAUACAUAUUGAACGUUAUGCGCACAGUAUUAGCCGCUGCUUCUCGAACCCGGUCCCGCUCAUUGACUGGCCAGACCGGCACCAGCGGAGGAGUUACCCACCUACAAAAACAAGGUCCAACUUGCACGAGACGGAACCACAUCGGCGGCCAUGUUGAACGAGAAUAUCAUAUUUCUCUAGGAUCACCCACGCAAGACGAGCCAAAGAAAGGGGCCACGACACCCUGCGCCGCUGGUCAUCGACGUUGGCAUUAAUAGUUAAUACCGACUCUGAUGGCUCGGAGCGGACGACAGCCUUAUCAGUCACUUCUACCCAUCCUCUUCCGGCGCCGUUGCCCUGCGUUAUAGCAGCAUCUCAUUCGUUCACAUCUGCUUUGCAAGCUGCGCCGAUCACCAUGCCGAGCAUCUUCGGGAAAUCUGGCUCCACUACCGGCCGUGCCAAGCCCGGGCGCAAAUCGAUCCGGGGCACCAUUUCCGGCCCGAUACCGAUCUCCAGCACAUUGGGCGAAGAGGAGUUUCCGAUGCGGAACGCAGCGCCAACCACAGCGGUAACAAUUCCCGAUGACGAGAUACCAACAUGGAAACAAGGGCACCCCGUAGGAACGCCUCUGCCACCGGAGGAGCCCGCACCAUCCUCUCAGGACCAGGGCGAGGCGGAGGCCAACCAGGAGCUCCCAGAGCAGCAAAGCCAGCUACCUCGCGACGGUGAAGAUAGCCAUAGCGGUACAAACGAGCGCGAUCAGGAGCAAGGAGCACGACUUGACACUACUGCCGAGACACCGGUUUCAAUAGGGGGUUCCGGGGGCAGCCGCACGGACCUCGCACGGGACAGUCAGCCGGAACCUCCGUCCAGUCCGCCGCCGCCACCUCCGACCGGGCCAAGCCCACCGACCGGGAGCCCCGCUUCUCGUGUCGCAUCGCACGCCACAUCGCGCCCAAAAUCACCAUCACACCCCUACAGAUCCUCUCCUCGGAGGAGCUCUCCGCUGGGGGCAUCGCCCUCAAGGGUAUCUCCACCGGCACGGAGAGCUACUAAUCCCGCGCUGAGCGCGGCCAGAUAUUCCAUGAUAAGCGACUCAAACAGCAAGAAGACGAACCAGAGUAUAGAUUCUCCGCAACGGAAGAAGUCAACGCUGCGAUCUGCCCUUGGCAGGCUGUUCGGGCGUGGCAGGAAGAAAAACGGCACGGGAGAUCCAAAUCCCAAUGCCAGACCGGGGCGCGACGCUGAUCCUUUAAGCCCGCCCCAGCAUCGAAGCGACCCCACUGCGCUGAGUAGACCAGGCCAGCGAUCGCCCAAGCGCUCGGCCUCGGUUCCCAUAAACGAGCUCGACCGUCCUCUCCGGUCCCACUCUAUCGGCCCCGACGACAUCAUGGCCAUUGAGAGUGCGCGCAACUCGCUGCAAGCUGAGGCUACUGGAUCCGGAUCAAGCACGGCAGCCGGAGCCCGAAGGCGCGCUGCUACCACCAGCCGUAUGUUCCUGCGGCCGCAGCUGCGUAACCGGGAAUGGGGGGCGGGAUUGUCGCCGCGCCCGGCCAGUGCGCACGGCCGCGGCAGCCGGCUCAGCGGGCGGGCCGACCCUGAGGAUCCAAACGAGAUUGGUCGCGCCAUCACGAGCGACAGCGGCAGUGGGCUGCGGCGCCGUUCUAGGAGUCUCUCUGGGCUGCAAGAUCUCACCGGCGCUCGGCCCGCCGGCCGUCGGCGGAGCGACGAAAUACGAUACUGGCGCGAGUCGUACGAUCCCGGAUUCAUGUCUCCCAUGUCUUCAAACGUGCAAGAAGAUAUUGAUGACACAGGCAUGGCGGAUAUGAGUCCCCCGGAGAGUCCUAAAGCCGAGGCGCCACCCAAAACGCCGCCUCAGCCCUUCAAUUUUGGCCUGUUGUCGAAGGAGAUGAUAGGGAUGAAGAUAACGCAUGCCGCCAACAUGGAUGCUCGUCUCGACAAUCUCGAAUCCCGCACUCUCACGCUGGAGGGGAUAGUCGACCAGUUGUGCCACGCGAUCCCAGGCACUAGGAAGCCCGUUUCCGGCUCCUCGAGGCAGCAGACCGAACCAUUGUUCCGGAAGGAAUCUCACCCGUCGUUCGCCUUCACUACUGGGGUUCCGCCUCCGAUUCCCGCCAUCUAUCACCCCCUACCAACGGAUUCCAAGGAAAUCGCCCGGCCGGGGAGUUCACGGAGAUCCCUGGAAACCGAUACACACUCUCAGGUAUCCUUUGGAGAGGCGCCGACAUUUGUUGGAUCUCUUCGGCCGCCUUCGUCUCCCGCGCCAAAGCCCCGUCCGUCUGCCGAAGCAUCGCCCGCUCCUUCACAAGUGGGCCGCCCCUCAUCGAACUCCACAGUGCGCGGCGCUUCGAGCAUGCCCACCAUGGGCCGCGAAGCUGACGGCGCGUCCAAGGAGGAUCUAGUCACGCAGCUACGGAAGGAGCUGGAGGCGGAACGGGAAGCCCGUCGAGCGCUCGAGUCGCAAGUCAAGAAACUGACAGACCGCCUCAAGUCGCUGUCCACAACCGUGUACGCUAUGGUGAGAGGUCCUUCCGAGUCCCGAUCGUACGAGCGGCUGGCUCCCUCGGCAAGUCAACCUUCGCCGCGGUUUGUGGCAUCCAGCUCGUUGCUAGUAUCCCAGCAGCCGCAGGAACAGCGCUCUGUCUUUGAGACGGAUGAAGACGACGAUGAGGGGACCGAUGCGAUAGCCAAGAACCAGGGGGCCAAGACGGAUCCGCGAGAGGAGGGCGAGUUGAACGAAGACGACUUUCAGACGCCGAGAGAAGAUUGGCCGAAUCCGUUGGCCUAUGGCGCGUUUGGCGAAGAGCUCAGGCCGGAUGACGACGAGGAUGAUGACAACGAGGGCGACGAAGACGACCCGAAGCGGAAGAAAGCGGCCAGGACGCUGAGUCUGAGCCAGCUUACUCUGGGCAAAGGCCAGCGAGUACGGAUAUAAGAGCACUUCCACACUGUGAUGGGGAGGCGCCAUGACUGGAUUUGAAACUUCGUUCCACGACGCACGCCGCCCGCCAUGUUGACCGAAUUGGGCGUAUCCGCCCCUUUUUGGCCCGGCGCGCAUUUCCCAGAAGAUUUCCCCCCUUUUUACAUCUGCAUUUGUUUUUACGGCUUCAUGAUAUCCUCGUUCCCCGUACCAGUUAAUUAACAAUCUGGGAUAUUUUGAUGAUCUGCA